GGGCGGCGCGGAGGCCAUCUUGGCGCGGGACGCGCGCUCCCCUGGUCGUCCUCGUCCUCGCUGAGCCGGAUCCCCGCGCCGGACACCCGGAUCCCGACCCCGAUCCGCGUGUGCAGCUUCCGCAUAGGCGCUCGCUCGGAGCCAGGUGAGCGCGGGCCUGGCGGUGACCCGCGCGGAGCGGAGCGGCGGCCACAGACCGCGGGCGAGUCCCAGGCCACAGUAACUGAGGGAAGAUGAUGGAAGAAAGUGGAAUAGAGACCACUCCACCUGGAACCCCUCCCCUGAACCCUGCAGUCCUGGCUGCCACCAUGCCCUCCACUGAGGUUCACUUAGCUACAACCAGUUCCUUCUCAUCUCCCAAUGUGUCUGGGAUGGAGUCCCUGACACCACAUGCCUAUUCCACGCCUCAGCCAUCCCUGCCCCCUGUGCAGCCAUCAGCACCCCCUCCUUUUGUGCCGCUGUCUACAGCUCCGUCGGCUCCCCUGAGUGGCACUUCGGUGCUGCCCUCCGUGUCUCCGUCCCCUGCCAUGGCCUUCAGCAGCCCGCCUUUAUCCUCCUUCCCACCUGCGACUUCUGCCUCCGGUGUGCUUUUAUCUGCUCCACCUUCGGGUCCUCCUAUAUCAGGAUUUUCUGUCGGUACCGCUUACGACAUCACAAGGGGCCAUGCCGGGAGAGCGCCCCAGACACCGCUGAUGCCAUCCUUCUCCGCGCCCCCAGUCACAGGUAUUCUGCCAGCCCCCAUUACUCAGCAAGCCAGUAUGACAUCUCUGGCACCAGGACCUGGAACCACAUCAGCCAUUACUUUCCCCGAGGAGCAGGAAGAUCCUAGAAUUAUUAGAGGCCAGGAUGAGGCACCUGCCGGUGGGAUCUGGGGCUUUAUCAAGGGCGUUGCUGGGAAUCCUAUGGUGAGAUCUGUGCUUGAUAAGACCAAGCAUUCGGUAGAGAGCAUGAUCACGACGCUGGACCCCGGCAUGGCUCCCUAUAUCAAAUCUGGAGGUGAAUUGGAUAUUGUUGUAACCUCAAAUAAAGAAGUGAAAGUGGCUGCUGUCCGAGAUGCCUUCCAGGAAGUCUUUGGCUUAGCUGUGGUUGUGGGGGAAGCUGGACAGUCCAAUAUCGCCCCACAGCCAGUAGGCUAUGCAGCUGGAUUAAAGGGCGCCCAGGAACGCAUAGACAGCCUGCGGAGGACUGGCGCAAUCCACGAGAAGCAGACUGCUGUGUCAGUGGAAAACUUCAUCGCUGAGCUGCUGCCCGACAAGUGGUUUGACAUCGGCUGCUUGGUGGUUGAAGACCCGGUGCAUGGCAUCCGCCUGGAAGCCUUUACUCAAGCCACACCGGUGCCUUUGGAGUUUGUGCAGCAGGCGCAAAGCCUGACUCCCCAGGACUACAAUCUGAGGUGGUCAGGCCUUUUGGUGACAGUGGGGGAAGUCCUGGAAAAGAGCUUGGUAAACGUCAGCCGGACUGAUUGGCACCUUGCUUUCACUGGCAUGUCUCGCCGACAGAUGAUCUACAGCGCAGCCAAGGCUCUGGCGGGCAUGUAUAAGCAGCGCCUGCCACCCAGGCCCAUGUGAGACCAGCUGCUGGGAAAUGGAGACCUGCCGUCACCCUUGGCUCUGUGCUAGAGGAGACUGGAUAGUUCCAGAGAAUCCAACAGUUUUUACAAUUGUCCUUUUAAAAGAAUAAACAAUUAAAUAAA